AGGAAGUCUGGGGGCGGUGGUGACGGACGGUUAGCACGAGCACGAGCACGUUAGCACGUUAGCACGAGCUCAGCACGCACAGCGUCACUACUGUGGAGGGGGUCGGCUGGGCACCACUGAUUUGUGGACCAAGUUUAGCUGACUUUUAAGAAAGUAUUUAUUUACACUAGAAGAAACCUCCACUUGAGGACCUUCUACCCGUGGUCUUGUACUGCCCCCUAGUGGCACACACGGAUCAAAACCUAUUUUGGAUUCAGCACUAUGAGGAGGUCCUCAAACGGAGAGAGAAUGUUAGCCGGGGCACACCAAGGGAAGUCUGAAGAGAGCGAGUUGUUUAAUUCUCUGAAAGCACAUCUGAACAACAAGAACAGACUACAGCCUUUCAUAGGCCUGAGCUGCAUAAUUGAAUGUGUGAAUGGAGGAGCACCUCAAAGAGAUGCAUUUUUCAUUUGUGAGGUGUGUGUGUGUCACCUAGAUAUGGCAGACAUGCGGAAUCACAUUAUGGGAAGCCUGCAUAGAUACAAUUACAUUAAAACUAGACACCCUGAACUGGUUUCAGGAUUGGGAAAAGACUCUUGUCUGUCAAAGUUGGCCUGGCCACUGAUGGACAUUGCCAAAAGAAUCGAAGGAAAAGAAGGACCAGGAAAUGUUCAGGUGGUAGAGUUUGACAAGAUGUCAUACCAGCAGAUGGAAAGUCAGACCAAUGCAGAAAAUGUCAUAGAUUUUUUAAGGGACACCCUGAAGGAGACUGAACCAGAAAUCUCUGAAACAAUUGCAUCCAAAAUAUGGGAACAGACCAGGUCCCCAUCACAGCGAAUAGUCGUUUACAGUCCUCAGAAGAAGCCUGAAACAGAGUGUUUACAGAACUCUCCUCAGCACAGUAAUGCAUCUCAAAGCUCAACAAACUCCUUGGUAGCCAGCAGCUUUCUCAAUAACUAUGGAAGACAAGCACCCCUUAUUGGUCUUGUGAGGGUGAUCGAGUGUAAAAGUGAAGAUGGUCAGACGCACUUCUUUUUAUGCCACUGUUGCCGAGUUCGCUCCCAUAAAUCUGACAUUAUUAGUCAUCUGACCAGCACCUCCCAUAUCACGAAUUACCUGAUGGAAACUCACCCAGAGGAGUUGGAUACAGUUGACUUAAAUAAUAGUUCACAGGUGGAAUUAUUGGCAGAAAACUUGACUAAAAAAGAAGAGGCAUAUAAAUUAAAGGUGGUGCAAAUACCAGAAGCCCUGUGUACUCAAAUGAGAGGCAAGAGUUACCACUGGUGUGUUAAAACACUUGGGUCAAACAAUUCUGAUUUCCCAGUGAAAUAUGUAGCUGUUAAACGACAAAUCUUGACCAAGUUCUCGCAUCAAAAAGUUUCACUGGUGGCUGAAGAUCAGUUUCCACAAGGAAAAAAGAAGAAACGAAAGACUAAUAAACAAAACAACCCUGUGUUCAAGGUCACGCUGCCGAUUACCCAGGGCUCAUUGCUUGUUGAGAGGACUUCCUUCAGCAAAGACAAUCUGCAUUUGCCACUUGCACUGUUGCCUACUGAUCGCUCGGAUCCAAGUCUUUCGCCUCAUUCAAGGUUUUCUCCGGAUCCACUGGAAUUUGCCCUGGACUCUUCAUCUGAGAUUUUUGACAGUACUUCAGAGAACAAUGACCUCAAAUCACAAUAUCAGCUGAAUUCACCAGCUGACUACCCUAACUACCUCAAACCAGAGAUGGAUGAACAAUGGAAUAAUUCAUUUGAGGACCAAAAUGUUAAUAAAACAAACAUUGACUCAAAAGCUGAAUAUGUACAAGAAGUAUAUGCACCUAAACCAUAUAAUGCCCAAACUCCUACAUUGUCCCAUAGUGAAUAUUUACUCCACAGCUUUCCGUGGUUACUUGGGACAAAAGAGAACGAGAGAUGUGCACCUUUUUAUUACCAGCAACCACCUGAGCACAUGGCCCCAGGAUCAUUUCCUCAGCAGAAUAUGUUCUCACUGGGACAUGUCCAGGGUGGUUGCAGUUUGGGCCCACAAAACCCUCAGGCAGGUAAUUCCUUUUCCCAUAAUACACUGCCUCAUGACAGCCACUCUUACUCCAGUUAUUAUACAGAACAUGGAGCAAACACCCACCAUUAUGCUUCAUAUCAGGUCAACAGCUCUGAUUGGGGAACAUAUCAGCCACAAUCGUCUGCAAUGACUCCAUGUUACGGCCCCUGUUGUGUUCCUCCUUAUUCAGGGGUUCCAAAUGCUGAUACUGAAAUGGCAUCUUCCAGUGUUACAUAUUACCCUGUGUCAAAUUUGUACUCCAGUCACAGGUCCUCGUAUUAACAGUGAGUUUUACAAUGAGUUCUCAGGGGAAAUUGAAUCUGAAUCAUAAUAUAAGUUAGUUUUUUGUGUGUCCACGUGAAAUAUGAUGUGGCAUAUUUUGUUGUUUAAGCAGUUACAUGUUCUAAGACUAAGACAUGCACAAGAUGCAGUUGUAAAGUAGACUUAACCCAGGACUCAUUUCAAUACACUGUACAAACAUUUGAGAAUAAUUAUAUUAUCCUUAAUCAGCUAAACAAUAACACUUUAUAUGCCCUUCCCUGUUUUUGAUUUGCAUUCAGUGAUAAAAAUAAGUACUUAUCCAAAUAAGUACAAAUAAUUGUAUUCAUGUUCAAGGGAAUAUGUUGUGUUCAGUAGACUGUGUCUUGUCUUUUCUGUAUUAAAUAAUGAAGUACUAAUAAGGUCUCUAUUGUUUGCAAAAGACUCAUGUCACAUCUCAUCAAAAUGUUUUGUUUGUUCAUAUUAAAAUUUCUGUUGUGCUGCUGUCUUCACUGAAGUGAU